CUGCCAUUGACCGACCAAUGGAGACGGCCCGCCGGAGACAUGUUCGAGCCGCCGGCCCUGCCUUCACGUCAGCCAUCCUUGUGAUCUUCGCCUUCACAUUUGUGGAAUCUAAACCGGCGCGGGCACGAACGCCAGAGCAUGCGUCUGGACCGGCGUCUGCACCUGCCCAUGCGCCUGCGUCUGGGCCUGAUCAGGCGGCAGCUUCUCACGCUCUGUUCAACUACAAGGAGAAAGACCCAACUGGGCCCGACAAAUGGGCCAAGCUGAAUAAGGGAUGGGCUGCCUGUGGCGACGGCAAGAAGCAGUCCCCGAUCAACAUCCGCAAGGUGAAAAUCAACAAGGACAUGGGCCCUCUAGAGCAGACCUACAAGUUAAGCGCCUGCACACUGGAAAACCGCGGGCACGACUUCAUCCUGCAAUGGAAAGGUGGGAAUGGCAAGUUGACGAUCGAGAAGAAGGAUUACGUGCUCCAGCAGGUGCACUGGCACGUGCCCUCGGAGCACACCGCCAAUGGCACCAGGUUCGACAUGGAGUUGCACAUGGUUCACGAGGACUCCAGCAAGGCGCGCGCCGUCGUCUCCGUGCUCUACUCCACCAAAGAGGCCGGCGACCCCGACAAGACGCUGACUGAUCUGGCGCCAUAUUUCAAGAGGCUCGCCGGCAAGUACAACGAGAACGAGGAUGUGAAGGAGCCCGUUGAUCCGUCCGUCUGGGUCGACAAGGCCUCGAGCUACUACAGAUACGACGGCUCCCUCACCACUCCGCCUUGCACCGAAGGGGUUCUUUGGAACAUCCUGAGCAAGGUGAAACACGUAUCAAAGGAGCAUAUCAAGAUGAUGGAGUCGGUGAGCGAGAAACCUGAGCCAAAUGCCCGGCCGGCUCAGAAAAUCCAUGGUCGAGUUGUUCGCUACUUCGAAGGCAAAGAAGCAAAAGAUUGACCAGCAAAGGGUGUCAAUUAAGAAAGAGAAGAAAGCUUAAGUAGGGGUAAUUCUCUCCAGGGCCGUGGAGUUGUGGCUCCAUUUGCCCUCCGAUUCAGCUCGGAGGUUUGAGCCGAGCUUAACUAUAAGCACAUUCACCCUCUAUAACUAAAUAUAAGGCGUGUUUGCAGUUCAAAAACGUCUUAUGUUUAGUUGCGGAGGUAGUGCGGAAUACUCACAAAAGGAAGAAUUUCAGAAUACCUUCCUUUUACGGUAGAAAUUCGGGAUAACUGGUGCAAAGUAAUACACCUACGAGCCGAUGGGUCAGUAAUUUCAUCUGCUGAUGUAUAUUUUUUGGCGGUCAAAUUUCCAUUAUAGUUAAAGCUGCAGCUGUGGACGGCGAAACAGCGGACCCAAUGGUGGAUAUCAUGGAUUUUCUUCAUCUCUUUGCUGCUAUGUUGCAGAGAUGGGGGAAUAGAGAUGCAAUUUUUUUUAACAUGGGCCAUAUUGCUAGAGAGAGAAAAACUUUCAAUAUUGCACCUUGUAUUAUUUUUGUUGAGGUGUAAACCAAUUAUUGCUAGUAGAACUUUUUCAUGAAAAUGUAUCAUCAUUUAUGUAUGCAUUUCUCUAUUGGACUGAGUGAAGGGCUCACCUGGUCAG